AUGUCGGUACGACAAGCGCCCAAAUAUCAGCAGAACGCGCCCGAGCGCACCAUCGACGAUGAUUCGGAUGUAGAAGAGGAGGCUCUGGCGAAUGACUACCAGGAGCAGGUCAGCUACGAAGAUGGGGGGGACUACGAUCUCGACAGAACAGGCUCGGCAGGAGGCGGCCCUCAAGACCUACACGCCCAGCUGGUCGCUGCUGCGCAACCUCUGGAAUACGGCGCAUCCAUCGAACUGAAGAUCCAAAGUUACGACAGCUACUGUGCCCUCUUCCAUUACAUCCUCAACAGUGAAGGGCCGGUGGACAUAGAAGUUCCUUCGUACUACUGGGCAUGGGACGUGAUAGACGAGUUCAUCUACCAGUUCAACUCCUUCUGCGCCUACCGACAGCGCCUUGCCCACACGCAGCCCGCGGACAAGGAAGACGACAUUUCCAUUCUGCGCGAAAACCCCAACACCUGGGGCUGCUACUCGGUCCUCAACGUCCUCUACUCCCUCAUCCAGCGCUCUCAGAUCAGCGAGCAACUCGCGGCAAAGAAGCGCGGCGAGGAUUCUGCGCUCUAUGCCGGCGAGUAUGGCAGCAGAAAUCUGUAUCAGAUGCUCGGCUACUUCUCCAUCAUCGGACUGCUUCGAGUGCAUUGUCUGCUGGGAGAUUUCAGCUUGGCGUUGAAGACGCUCGACGACAUUGAGUUGAACAAGCGGGCCAUGUUUGCUCGAGUGAUGGCUGCCAACUUCACCACCUACUACUACGUCGGCUUCAGCUACAUGAUGAUGCACCGCUACGCCGACGCCCUGCGCGCCUUCAACCAUAUCCUCAUCUACGUCAGCCGGACAAAGAACUUCCAAAAGAAUGCGCAAUUCGACAGCAUCACCAAGAAGAACGACCAGAUGUACGCACUCGUGGCCAUCUGCGUCGCCUUUUACCCCCAGCGUCUCGACGAUACCAUCCACACGGCCUUGCGAGAGAAGUACGGCGAGCAGCUCACGCGCAUGCAACGUGGCGGCCCCGAGGCCCUCCCCAUCUUUGAGGAGCUCUUCCGCGCCGCUUGCCCCAAGUUCAUUUCACCCACCGCUCCCGACUUCGACAACCCCCAGCUCAACGUCGACCCUGUCGAGCACCACCUCGCCAUCUUCAUGGAGGAAGUGAAGAACAACAUGUUCUCGCCGACGGUGCGGAGCUACCUCAAACUCUACACGACCAUGGACCUGAAGAAGCUGGCCGGCUUCCUGGAGGUCGACGCGGAAACGCUGCGCAGCUGGCUGCUGGUCAACAAGCAACGAUCGAGGCAGAUGCGGCACAGCGAGGGCGGCUUGCUGGAAGGAGACGUGGUGAAUUCGAGCGACCUGGACUACGCCAUGCAAGCCGAUCUGAUUCACGUUUCGGAGGCCAAGGUGGGCAGAAGGCUGGUAGACUGGUACUUGAGGAACCUAGCUCGGACGUACUAG